CCUAUAAAGGCUCAGGACCUUGUAGUGAGCAAAGAAGUCACAGAGGAAAAUAGGCAUGGUCAGGGUUCUGAUAGACUAGCUUGGCUUUGGAGGAUCAACAAUGUAGAGGACAGUCAAAAGAACAAGUGGAUGAAUAAGUUUUAUUGUGUGAAUUGGUUGAAAGCCAAAGCAAGAUAUGACCAUUGGAGUGAAGAAUUGAAAUUGGUAUAA